CUGUAGGACGACUGUGGAACUUCCUGUGACUUUCCAACUUUACACUUCCGCUGGCAGACUUCUGUGCUUGACAGCGUGAAAGACAACUUGCUUCAUAUUUGAAGCUAAAUUGCCAAACAUGUCAGAACAUUUAGGUGAAACUAAGAGGCUCACUUUGACAAGUAAGCGUGAAGAUGAAGACAACACGGACGACUUUAGGUUCUCUUCGGAUCAGCCUGUGGACUCAGACAGCAGUCAUGAAGUCAUGAAUUUGCCUUCAGCGUUACCAGUCAAACAUUACGAUGUUGAAACCACUGAACCGAUUUGCUGUAGUCUUCAGACGAUGGAUGAGCUGUUGUCAUGGAAGAAAAGUGAGGCCAACCCAUUUAACGUGGCAGUCGUCCCUCUGGCACAGCGACAACCUACACUUGGCAGUUGCUUACGUCGCACUCUGGUAUCUCAUGACAUGAUGGGUGGAUACCUAGAUGACAGGUUUGUACAGGGGACAGAUGCAGAAGCUCCGUAUGCCUUCUACCACUGGCAGUACAUUGAUAUUUUCAACUACUUCACACACCACUUUGUGACCAUUCCUCCUGCUGUCUGGACCAAUGCUGCACACAAACACGGAGUUCUUGUUCUUGGAACUUUUAUCACAGAAUGGACUGAUGGAGCAGAAAGAUGUGAGGCGUUCCUUAAGGAAGAUUUAUAUCAGGAAGUAGCUGAUAAGCUAGUUGGAAUUAGUCAUUUUUAUGGCUUUGAUGGCUGGCUCAUAAAUAUCGAGAACCAACUCAGCGAGGUUGCAGUGAAGAAGACCCCUUUGUUCUUACGGUAUCUCACCGAUCAGAUGCACGAACACAGUCCUGGCAGUAUGGUCCUGUGGUACGACAGUGUCAUAGAGACUGGAGAGCUAAAAUGGCAGAAUGGAUUAAACCAGUCCAACAGGGUUUUUUUCAAUGCAUGCGAUGGUUUCUUCACCAACUACAACUGGACAGAACAAGACCUGGAGGAGAUGGCGGACUUCACUCACACCCAUGGCCGCCAGGCUGACAUCUAUGUGGGAGUGGAUGUUUUUGGGCGUGGCGAGGUGGUGGGAGGGAUGUUGGAAACUUACAAGGCUCUUGAAAUCAUCCGAAAGUACAACUUUUCUGCUGCCAUCUUUGCUCCAGGCUGGGUGUACGAGACCCAAGACAAGAAUAAGUUUCGUCAUAAUCAGGAUAGGUUCUGGGAUCUUCUGAAAAACAACCUCUAUGUGCACCGCCCAGCUGGCCCGCUGCCCUUCAUUUCUUCUUUUUGUCAGGGCUUCGGUAAUGCUCUCUAUUGGAAAGGAAAGCGUGAAACAAAUAGGAAGUGGUUCAACUUAACUGCCCAAGAAGUCCAGCCCUUGUACUACCAUGAGCAGCUGGAGGGUCAGGGCUGGGUGAGGAGCCGAGGUUGCCCAGAAGAUGCCUGGAAUGGAGGCUCUUCACUUCUCCUUGAAGGACUCAUCCCUGCAAGUCAUGCUGCACCCCUCAGUGUCAGGAUGUUCUCCCUUCAUGUGCCGCUUGCAUCCAAGACUCUGCUCUGCAUUAUUUACAAGUCCUCUUCUCAAGUUAAAGUUUCGCUGGAGCUCAAGAUGACACAUACUGAUGUUUCCACAGAGGAGAAUAGCCAUCAUAUGAAAUUGACGAGUGUUUCUCCAGUUAUGCUCCCUGACGGCCAUGAGCUCGUGCAGCAGUUUUCUCAUCUCUUUGGAAAUGUCGAUACAGGAUGGACUGUCAGGUUUUCCAAGUUGGACCUUUGUGGCUUUAUCCUCAGGGAAGUCUUGGUCAACAUUGAAGCUGUUGGAGAGCCAAGUGACACAAGCUUCAGCUGCAGGGUGGGACAAAUCAUGUUCCAGGAUAUAGAAGGUCCACAGAAAGCCCCUGAGGUGGUCCACGUCCUAGGUGUGGAUGACCCAGUGUGGCUGCGAGGUGCCGGGUCGUCUCCACAGUCCACCGACUGCUGCCUGUACCUGAACGUGACGCUACGCUGGGAGUACCCGCCUGACAUAGUGCGCCACUUCAAGGCCUGCUGGAGCUGCUGGUGGAGCCAGUCACCAGGGAGGCGUUUCCACUGCCAGAGAGCUGCUGGGGAAGAAGAACUUUUAGCUACACUCAAGUUGAUUGUAAAAACUGUUAACCUCCUCAAUGUCAUUCAUCACAAGACAAGGCAGGACUCUUUUAACAACACUUCAUUAUCAACUCAUUUACUCAUGGAUUUACUAAUAUAUUCACUGAUGGAUUUACCAGAGACCAAGAGUGAUGAUUAUUAUCAACACUUAAAAAUAUAGCCAUACCCUCAGGGAGGAAGGACCCUCCCAAGUAUGAAAGAGUACGUUUAUGCAGCCCAGCUCAGGUGUUUUGUUGGCAGAGUGUUAAUGUAAUACCAAAUGAUGUCUGUCUGUAAAUAAAUAAUUAUGUGGCAAGAUGGAAGGAAGUUGUAACAUUCUCAAGGUUCUCAGGUUCAAUCACUUUCAAGCGAAAAGGAAGUAAAAAAUGUUGUCAAAUAUAAAAUGAUUCUGGAACACGGUUUACAGUUUUUGAACAAUUGGAGUACCUUGACACAGACAAAGCAGAGGCAGGGCGAUAUCACGAGUGUCAGCACAUUUGCAUUUGUGAAUAAUCAUAUAUUGUGUCUAACUGGGGCUGCUGAAAUGACCCCCCCUUCCUUCAGAAGCAGCCUCAGUGAUGUAACCAGGGACCUCCCAAAUAAAUAGAGGAGCACGUGGGUCUGGACCUUAGAGCGUAGGUUGGAUCUGUAACUAUGAGUACAGCCCAAUACGUCUCUCCUCAUUGAGCCAAAUUGAAGUCUGUCUCUGCAUGAUUCCUUGCUUCUUGUCUGUUUCAUAGAUGUCAUCAGUGUUUGAAGCUGACAGGCCAGCCGGGAGACAAAGUCAAUGUUAGACAAAGUUACUGAAGAGUUAGUAGAGGGCAAUGAUGUCAUCACACAUCUAAGACUUUUCUGAAGGGCC